AAAAAAAGAUAAAGUCCCUAGCUUUUCCAGUAUUAUCAAUUUCUGCAGAAAAAUGUUCGGGAACUUCAGAAAUAGCGACUGGAGGAACGGACUGCUCAGGGACAUGAAAGAUCCCACAAAGCAGCUGCUGCGCACGGACCUAGCGGUGGUCAUCGCCGACAAGUUUCCCCGCUCCAAGCACCACUAUUUGGUACUUCCAGUCGAGGAUAUUGACACCAUUUACGAGUUGAAGCCACAACACGCCUCACUGCUGGAGGACAUGAAGGCGUUGGGCGUGCAAAAGGUCGAGCAGCUCAAGGAUGGCUUCACGCUGGCCGACUUCCGGUUCGGGUUCCACAUGGGAGCGAAGCUGCACCGGCUGCAUCUGCACGUCAUUUCGCAGGACUUUGUGUCGGACCGGUUGCGCAAGUACGAGCAGUGGAACGGGUACAAUACGGCGUAUUUUAUGCCGUUUGAGGACAUUUUGAACGAACUUAAGGAAAAAGGAAAGAAAGGCUUUGAUUGA